GGUGGUGCGGUUGGUCAGUUCUCGACCACGCGCUUUACGCGUGUUCUUUUUUUCUGGAUCUGAUCACGCCACGAUUGCCGCUUUCUCGAAAAGAAGAAUCUCGCGUAUGACCUCGUGGUGAAAUUUGCGCGCGUUCAUCCUCCGGGGAUAUCGCGAUAUCGGGGCAAGGUUACUGCGCGCUCGCUACGUUCCGAGGUGAGAAGCGCAGGUGAUAGAAACAGCGGACAGGCGCGUCGAGAGAUGCACAUCUUCACACCCGCACUUUAGGUCUGCUGGUUCCCCGAUAUAAGAUGCAAUCGGCGGACAAUCGCUCCCUUCCUCGAUCGCGACCAACGUGUCAGAGUUAAGACAACAGUUCGGAGGAGAGAAUCCUUGCGAGGAAGAGAAUCACGUCACAGAAUCAGCGAGAAGGGAUGAUACUGCCAAAAUCAACUGAUUUUUCGCGACAGUAGUUACGAACGUGCAGAAAGCAUCGGACGCGACACAAGAUCGGGCAAUGAGAAUCUUUUCCUGCGACGAGUCUCCGAAUCGUCGCCUCACGCAGCUCCAGGCGUCGAGGAGGCCGCAACGUCGUUGAGGACCUCCGAAGUCGCUGGGAGAACGUCGCGCACGAAAGAAACAGAGAUUCCGAGGAUGUCGCUGCACUAUCCUCAGGGAUACCGAUACCGAUCCGCGUCAAAGACAGGCGGCGGCAUCGGGGCCGGAGGGGAACAGGGCUCCGAUAGCGACGUGGCGGAGCUCAGCGACUUCGAGGACGACGAGGAUGAGGAUGAGGCUCGCGAAUCCGCUGAAAGACGAAUAGUUGUGGAAGAAGAGGAAGAAGAUGAAGAUGAGGAUGAAAACGAUGAAGAUGAUGAAAACGACGAUGACGACGACGACGAUGAUGAUGAUGAUGAUGAUAACGAGGAUGAGGAGGAGGAGGAGGAGGGCGAAGAUCUACCCUAUCCAGGUUUCGUUCCAAUUGCUCUCAGAUAUCUCGACCAGACCACACGACCGCGCAACUGGUGUCUCGCGCUUAUCACUAAUCCAUGGUUCGAAAGGGUGAGCAUGAUGGUGAUCCUUUUAAACUGCAUCACGCUCGGGAUGUAUCAGCCGUGCGUAGACGACCAGUGCGUAACAAAUCGAUGUAAGAUACUGCAGAUGUUCGAUGAUAUCAUUUUUGCCUUUUUCUCCCUGGAGAUGACUAUAAAAAUGGUGGCGAUGGGGAUUUACGGUCGAGGAACUUAUCUCGCGGAUUCCUGGAAUAGAUUAGAUUUCUUUAUAGUAGCAGCUGGCGCUUUGGAAUAUUGCCUAAAUGUGGAAAAUAUGAAUCUGUCAGCCAUACGAACGAUAAGGGUUUUAAGGCCAUUACGUGCGAUCAAUCGUAUACCAAGUAUGCGGAUAUUGGUGAUGCUGCUACUAGAUACUCUUCCCAUGCUAGGCAACGUCCUGUUACUGUGUUUCUUCGUCUUCUUCAUUUUCGGCAUCGUCGGCGUGCAACUGUGGGAGGGCAUAUUACGCCAGCGUUGCUUUCUCAAGGCUCUACCCAACGUCAAGUAUCCCGAUGAUCUGGAGAAGUAUUUCGAGUAUCAGGGUCAAGAUUACAUUUGCUCGCGUCCCGACGACAGCGGGAUGCACUCCUGCAGUAAUCUGCCACCGCUUAAAUUUGGAAACUUGGUGUGCAACAAUACGGCUGUGCCAAACAGUAAUGUCACGUUCAUCAACAAUGACACCUGCGUUAAUUGGAACUACUACUACACCGAGUGCAAGGGCCAGGGCAACAAUCCAUUCCAAGGAACAAUUUCAUUCGAUAACAUCGGUCUUGCCUGGGUCGCCAUAUUUCUUGUAAUUAGUCUUGAAGGAUGGACGGACAUAAUGUAUUAUGUGCAGGACGCUCAUUCCUUCUGGGACUGGAUAUACUUCGUUCUCCUAAUAGUCAUCGGCUCAUUCUUCAUGAUCAAUCUCUGCUUGGUCGUAAUCGCGACGCAAUUCUCGGAGACCAAGAAACGGGAGAUGGAGAGGAUGAAGCUGGAACGCGCUCGCUAUCAUUCGACCUCGACGCUCGCGUCGUCUACGAAUACCUCGGAGCCUACUACUUGUUACGCUGAAAUUGUCAAAUACAUUGCCCACCUUUGGCGACGGGGUAAACGAAGAUUGAUGAAGCGAUAUCGCCUGUGGCUAUACAAGAGGCAGCAGAAGCGCGAGCAGAAUCUUCUCAAAGAACAGCAGAGCCAAGCGAUUCGCUCGAACGCUGUUGCUGGCGGACUGAAUCGAGUACCUGGUGAUAGAAGAAUGCAUCAUGGAAGAUGUCCGCGACUCCUCGCCGCGUUGGAUUAUGCGGAGCAGCAACAACAGCAACAAUUGCAGGUGGCUGCCAGUGAUAACGGCGGAUCCGUUGCCGAUUUCAUCGCCAUUACACCGCCUCUACAAUCGGCGGUAGUCACUACUAUGACCGCCGGAAAUAAUAGCAGUAACAACGGUGGCGGAAACUUGGGUAUCGCGCCCCGAGCGAGCCCCGAAAUUUCCGAGGCCGAAGCCUCUACGAAUAUGUGCCACAGAUUGAAUGUGCAUCGCACCUCCUCCGUGUCUUGUAAUGGAAAUGAUAACGCCGUCGUGGGAAAUGUGCAAGCCGAGACAAACAGCACGUUGUUGAGUCCGCCAUGUACGCAUUAUCGGAGAAGAAGCAGCGUAAUGUUUAGCGACGUGGUACUGCUCCAUGGCAGCAAUAAUGUCGGGAAUGCGUUGCAGCCGGGGACGACGGUGACGCCGGGUGAGCGUAACGUCUGCUCGAGCGAGAAGAUGACGCAGACGGGCGAUGGUAACGUUUGGUCCAGUUCGCUGCCGGACCACACGCAGAUGCAGGCCGAGCUGGGUGGCAACGAGGCUAUGACGUGUCAGGAAUUGUUGGCUCUCAGCGGUGCCCUCAGUGCUGCCCUGCCCACUGGUCAAUUGGCCCUCGAUUCGUUUCUAAACUCUCUCACAAAAGGUAUAACAGAUCGUCACAUCACGUUGGAGGAUCACACGCAAUGGUUGACAUCCGAACUUGACAAUUGUUCCUGUUGCUGCGAGCUGCAGGGCGAUCAAUGGCCAGACGACAGUGAAAAGUGGCAAAAGUCCUCGCGGGUCAGACGAUUUUUAAGAGGCGCCGGGAGUUGCUGCUGCGGUACGUUGCGCUCCAUACAACGAUGCAUCAAGAAGCUUGUCGAGCAUAAAUAUUUCCAGCAGGGUAUUCUUCUGGCGAUACUCAUUAAUACUUUGAGCAUGGGAAUCGAGUAUCACAAUCAGCCAGAACAAUUAACCGUAGCUGUUGAAAUAAGCAACAUUGUUUUCUCGGCGAUUUUUGCGGUGGAGAUGUUGCUUAAGAUAAUAGCCGAAGGUCCAUUCGGUUACAUUAGCAACGGCUUUAACGUUUUUGAUGGUAUCGUCGUCGUCCUAAGCGUCGUCGAGCUCUGUCAAGCAUUUGUGGAGGAGCGCGGCGGCAGUUCCGGCCUGAGCGUUCUGCGUACCUUCCGCCUACUCAGGAUUUUAAAGUUGGUGCGAUUCUUGCCCAAUUUACGACGGCAGCUCUUCGUGAUGCUGCGCACUAUGGAUAACGUUGCCGUAUUCUUUUCUCUUUUAGUACUUUUCAUCUUUAUAUUCAGCAUCCUAGGAAUGUACCUGUUCGGGGGUAAGUUUUGCAUGUGGGCGGACCGGAGUCGGCCCUGCACCUGUGCCGAGGUGGUCUCGCGGCACCCAAUGUGUCGCUGUGAUCGCAAACAUUUCAACGACAUCGUCUGGGCACUAGUCACAGUCUUUCAGAUUCUUACGCAGGAGGAUUGGAACGUUGUCCUCUUCAAUGGUAUGCAGAAGACAUCUCACUGGGCUGCGCUUUAUUUCGUAGCGUUAAUGACCUUUGGUAAUUACGUUCUCUUCAAUCUUCUCGUCGCCAUUCUCGUCGAAGGUUUCUCAUCGGAGAGAAACGAGAGAAGAGAACGAGAGCAAAGAGAAAUGGCGAAAAAGCUCGCCGCUGGAAUAGGCAGCGAGGACGGAUCGUCGAGAGUAUCGGGAUCGCAUUCAAUUUCUGACAGCGAUACAUAUACCCAGCAGGAUCAGAAGAAUUCGUGGCAGAGCGCGGAGGAGCUAAGAAAGUACAAAGAUAAUAGGGAGAAGCAGAACAGCGUGUGGAAACAACGGAUCGAUGAGCCUAAGUGUAACAUUCAGAAAGAGAGUAAGAUGAUGGGUGUGGCUGGUCAGCCGCCGAUAAUCACUCAUACGGCAGCAACUCCUCAAGAUUCUCCAAACACUACAUUGGAUGUUGGCUACAGAGACCUCAAUUGCCGAGCAGUUUAUCCCGCUGCUGCCCUUUCAAUCGAAUCUAUUGAUCGAUCUGGUAGCCAGUGUAGUAUACCCUCGGGAUUAUUAAAACUGCCUGAUGUAUCUAACAAAAUACCGACAAACAACUUAAUAGCUGGUCAAUUCCCGAGACGCAUAAGCCUCGUUACGGCCGUUGUCAAUCCUUCGACGAGGGACUCGAGUUCUAGUCCGCCGAGAAUACAAAGAGGCUAUUCGUGGCGCUUGUCACGGCCAUCUUUGCGGAGGAAACGGUGGUCGCAAAGUGACGACGAGAAUACCAGUCAUACAACUGUACUCAAUAAUGGGCGCAGUACUCUCGUCGGAUCCAAUCCAACUUUUAACGGUGGAUAUUUGCAUGGUUCGAUAAGAAACGACACGCAACGCGACGCGCCCAAUAAUCGAACCACCGUCCUAACAAGCAAUAAUCGUAGUUUGAGUCCUAAUAAUUCGCUUGAAAGUUAUGGCCCCUGGUCGAUUCGUCGUUACACAAUCACGCCUAAUCAGAUGCGAUGGAUCGGCGAGCUUUCGCGAAGAAAUUCGUUGCGUGGAUAUGAAAAUGUUCAAACGUCCACGAGGAAAACAUUACCGUUGGAUGAGAUGCUCGCGCCGUCCUCGACUCCACGCACGAUCAACAAUCUUGCAAUGGAGACUGGUCCACUGCCGAGAAUCAAACGACUUCCUGAACAAGAAGAAGAGCGUCCGAGAACGGGCGGCGAACAGACGCCGCCGUCGAACGGUCACGGAAGCGCGAGCAGCGUUGAGAAAAUCAAAAAAAUAUUCAUGUUCUUUGAACCUAAGGGCUGCCUACAGGAACGUGAAAAUUAUUCCUUGUAUUUAUUCCCACCGAAUAAUAGGUUUCGUAUCUUCUGUCAAUGGUUUGUUGAUCAAAAGUGGUUUGACAAUGUGGUAUUGCUAUUCAUUGGAUUGAACUGCAUUACUCUGGCGAUGGAACGACCGAAUAUACCGCCCGACAGCCGUGAGAGACUUUUUCUAUCGACUGCGAAUUAUAUUUUUACUGGCGUUUUUGCCAUCGAGAUGUUCGUUAAGGUCGUCGCAACGGGCAUGCUUUAUGGUCCGGAUGCGUAUUUUACUUCAGGCUGGAAUAUUAUGGACGGAUCUCUCGUUAUCAUUUCCAUAAUCGAUCUAUCGAUGUCAGUGCUUUCAUCAAGUAGCCCGAGAAUAUUUGGAAUACUAAGAGUAUUUAGACUACUGAGAUCAUUAAGACCCCUGCGAGUCAUCAAUCGCGCCCCUGGCUUAAAACUGGUAGUUCAGACAUUACUGUCUUCACUGCGGCCCAUCGGAAACAUCGUUCUGAUCUGCUGCACGUUUUUCGUAAUCUUUGGUAUACUCGGAGUGCAACUGUUCAAAGGCGCGUUCUACUAUUGCGAAGGUCCCGAUAUUAAGAAUGUGCGUAAUAAAACGGACUGUUUGGCCGAUAAGCGAAACAUGUGGUUAAAUAGAAAGUAUAAUUUCGACGAUCUCGGAAAAGCUCUCAUGUCGUUGUUCGUUUUAUCAUCACGAGACGGAUGGGUAAACAUCAUGUAUACUGGUCUAGAUGCUGUUGGCGUUGAUCAACAGCCUAUCGAAAAUUAUUCCGAAUGGCGAUUGUUGUAUUUCAUCGCGUUCAUAUUACUGGUGGGUUUCUUCGUGCUAAACAUGUUUGUCGGCGUGGUGGUGGAGAAUUUCCAUAGGUGCCGCGAAGAACAGGAGAAAGAGGAACGUGUACGUAGAGCGGCCAAACGCGCAUUGCAGAUGGAGAAAAAAAGACGAAGUGAGUGGCCGCAGGCCCAGCUAGAAAUGCACGAGCCGCCGUAUUACACCAAUUAUUCCAAGUCCCGGCUGUUUGUUCACAACGUCGUGACAUCCAAGUAUUUUGAUUUGGCGAUCGCAGCGGUCAUCGGUCUCAAUGUCGUUACGAUGGCGAUGGAAUUUUACAUGAUGCCGAAAGCGCUCACCUACGCGUUAAAGAUUUUUAAUUAUUUCUUCACCGCCGUUUUCAUUCUCGAAUCCCUCAUGAAGCUUGUCGCUCUCGGUCUGCAGCUUUAUCUAAAGGAUAAAUGGAAUCAACUAGAUGUGGGAAUAGUGAUAUUAUCAGUUGUUGGCAUCGUGUUAGAGGAAGUCGAAUCUAAGAUCAUUCCCAUUAAUCCCACGAUAAUUCGCGUAAUGCGAGUGUUACGAAUAGCCCGUGUGUUGAAACUCUUGAAAAUGGCGAAGGGUAUACGUGCUCUCUUGGACACGGUGAUGCAGGCUUUACCGCAAGUUGGAAAUCUAGGACUAUUGUUUUUCUUGCUUUUCUUUAUAUUUGCUGCACUAGGCGUAGAACUUUUCGGCCGUCUAGAAUGUAAUGAUGAAAUGCCUUGCCAAGGUCUUGGUGAGCACGCGCAUUUUAGUAAUUUUGGCAUGGCCUUUUUAACGCUUUUCCGAGUCGCCACCGGUGACAACUGGAAUGGUAUCAUGAAAGACACGUUGAGAGAUGAUUGCGAUGAUGCAGCAGAUUGUGUCAAGAAUUGUUGCGUGAGCACUAUUAUCGCGCCAAUAUUUUUCGUGAUUUUUGUUUUAAUGGCGCAAUUUGUACUGGUAAAUGUCGUCGUUGCUGUGCUGAUGAAACAUUUGGAAGAAAGUCACAAACAGAUGGAAGACGAGCUUGAUAUGGAAACACAGUUGGAGAGAGAAUUAGCUGCGGAACAGGAAGAACUUCUAGAGAUGGAGGAGGAAGAUGAAGAUGACAUAGCGAUGAAUGGUAGAGUAGAUGAUGACGAUGAGGACGACGAAGACAAAGAGCGCGUAUCUAUGGUGGGCAACAUAAAAAUUCCCGCGAGGCCAGGAUUAGCCAAAGUUCAGUCUUUACCUGCAAAUUUUAUUUACAAUCCACCCAGAGAGAGAAACAUCGAUGACACCUCGAUUUCCGUAUCCUUGGACGAGAAACGUCGUAAUUCGUAUUACCGUUCGAGUUCAAGACCGUCCAAGUUUAAGUCGAAACGCCGGCAAACCUUUCAUUCGAGCCAUCAUCAACGAAGGUCACUGUUGCCAAUGCAUUUUGAAGUUGCCGAAGUCUUCGAGAAGCCUGUGAGCAACCUGAGCGUGCCUCGAAUUAUUCCGCAUCGUAGCUACGGCGUCGCUAGUCAAGAUACCAGUCACGUACAACAUCAAAAGUUGCAGGUGACUACCGAAACGCGUGAAAAUAAGUCUCUGUUGAGUGUAAGCAGGCCACCGACUAGCUCGUCCCUGGUCACUCCCGCCGGCUCGAAUAGCACUCUGAGCGUUCCGCCAAAAUUGACCAGCGAUCGUUUUCUCAUGCCGACUACCGAAAUCUACCCGUCCAAGGCGACAAUGAGUCGUCGGACAUCCAGCGACACGCAAUCACCAUCGCAGUCGCCGGACAGCGCGAGCGCGGGCGCCGGUAGCAGUAGCACACGGACUCUCAGUAUCGCGAACGGUUAUGCAGGCGGCAAGAUUCGACCGGAGGAGCCGAGGUCGAAGGCGUUGGCGAUCCAGGACGAUCUUGAUGUGCAAUCCGUCAUCAACGAGAGAAGACCGUCCAAGUUGAAGACAACGCACGACACCACCGCCGCAUCCGCUACUGGCAGCAUCGCCAGCGAUCAGUAUAGUGCGAUCAUUCGCGGUGAGGGUUACAGUCACAUCUACGUCACCACCGAGGAAAGAUCCGAUGAAGUCCCGUCGCCGUGCGGCAACGCGAGCGAGAGCACCGGUACCGGUAGCCUCAGUGCCGUCGCCAGCAUCAGCAUCGCCGGCAGCAUCAGUAGCGGUAGCGGCAACGGCAAUCGAAAUGGAGGUAGCGGCAGUGGCAAUCGAAAUGGGAGUAGCGGCAGCGGCGGAGUGCACAUCGGUGAGGGUGGCGCUAUCGGAUCCGACGUUAGAAUUUAUGUGGAUGACACGGACUCGGCGAGUAGCAGCAACGGGCAGCGGCGCAGUGGCAGAUUGACACGCGACGACGAGACCUUGGAUGCCUCGAACAGCAUCUCCUCUGCCACGACGAUGAGAGACGGUGGUGGCGAUGACGAUACGGAUGAUAACAAGGAGACAUCCGAGAAACCGUCCUCCGCUGGUGGACCGUUGGAUCCUUCUUAAUGCAGAGCGAACGAGUCGAAGUAGUCUCUAGAUGCAUGUACUAUGGCGGUGGGAGAUUUCGCAGGCGAUACAACAUGGGGCAGAAAAUACUAUGAGAGAGAGAGAGAGAGAGAGAGAGAGAGAGAGAGAGAGAGAGAGAGAGAGAGGGAGAGGGAGAGGGAGAGGGAGAGGGAGAGGGAGAGGAGAGAGAGAGAGAGAGAGAGAGAGAGAGAGAGAGAGAGAGAGAGGUCGCGUAAAAAGAUUUGAGAAAGGGCUCUAAGAAAGACUGUAGUGCAUGACAAUAUAGUCGUAAUAUUCUAGUCACUUCGCCGCCGCGAGCUUGCCAAAAAAUAAAAAACGAGCCGAGUAUUUAGAAAGAUUGUAUCCGAGGACAGCUGGAGAAAGUAAAACGAAACAUACCCCGCGAAUCGUAUAAAGAAGGUACGAUUGCGCGAGAGAUGAUGUAAUCAGGGGAAUUUAUCGACGCGUACAGAAAACAGCUACGCUAAAUGUAAUAAACAUGUAACGCGCAUAACGCACAUGUAACGAGCAACUUGAAAACCUAUGACAAUCUUUUAUUGCCAACGGAACUGAUCUGUUCCGUUUUUGAAAUGUCGUGGAAGUCGAUCUGUAGGAAUUGGUAGGAAGAAGAACGACGUAGAUCACGUCGAUAAAAAUUAGAGAAAGAAUUUUAGUAGUUUAUAGCUAGAAAAGAUCUUUUUGUCGGGUCUACGCGACAAAACUGCAAUUAAUUGGACCACACUGUCUCGCCUUUCCUUAUUCUCUAACUCUUCUCGAAUUUUCGCGCGGAUAAGCCGAUUGGAAAUCAAACAUGUCUACAGUCGAUCGAUAUAAAUUAUUUUUUGUCAUUUGGAUGGUUAAUAUAAUUAAUUAAUUAAAUUGUAAAACUUUGCAUGACCAUCAUAAUCAAAGAUUUUGACUAGGAUAAUAAAAUUUAUGUCUAUUUAUAUCUAAAUUUAUCUCUCCAUAUAUAAUAUAUAGACCAUUUAUGAUAUAUAUAUGGAAUAAUUUCUUUUGGCUAGGAUUUUAGAAGUUUGAUCGAUCCAUUGUGGGAAUUAUUGAUAAUCGGCGGUCGAAACUCACGAUUUAUUUUCAUUUCGUUAAAUUUAUUCUUUUCAAUUAGAGCGUUCUUCUCGUUGACAUCUGUGAUAUACUUUAAUCGUAGUAUAUUUCCUGACGAUAACGGCAAAUAUCAGUACGAAACCGUAACAUCAGCAGCAGCAACAGUAGUAAUAACAAUAACAACAACAACAACAACAGUGACAAAAAAAAUUUAGAAACGUAGCUAACUUUUUAAUAAAACGAAAAUCAAUGCUGUGUGGCUUUCGCGGGGAAUUAAACUAUAGAGAAACAAAACAGAGAUAAAUAGAAAACUCUAUACUGUACAUACAUAUACAUCUACGAAUAUUCUAUACUCUACACUUGGUGUGGUUUAUUUUGAUACUACCGUAUGCGGUAAUAUAUUUAACGAUUGUCGAAAUAUAAAUCUAACGAGAAAAAAAAGUAAAAGUAAACAACUCUAUGCCUUUUGCGAACGUUGACGAACCUUCGUGCGGUAGUGGUGCCCGCGUUUUCUCAGCUACGAAAUGACGAGUCCUGCACCCUUUGUCGGGUCGAAGGUAUAGUCGUUAAAAUCACACGUUAAUGCGCGCCCGGCGCGUCGCGUUGCUUCGAAGAAAAAAAAAUCUAGUAGUAAUCGUUGACCGUUGAUCGAGAUAUUGUGUUUCGUUAAAGCCUAACAAAAUCUUGAGUCGAGCGACGCGUCGAGUUUAAGAGCAAUUUUUUCAAAUGUUGAAAAAACGUUACGUUAAUAUGUGAUGGUUUCACGGAAAGUUGCGCUUAACACUAGAACGGCUGAGAAUUUUUCUAAUUAAAAAAAUUAUUUCUUACAACAUGCGUAAUGCGAAGAAAAAUUAUACAUAAAUAACAAAUUAAAUCCAUUAUAUGUCAAUCUCCAGUAUUUUUUUGAUGAAAUAUUUAUUGUUUAUAUUGUCUAUAUUUUGCGAAUAACACUAUAUUUCUAUAAUCAAUUAUUUCUAGAGAUGGUUUUUCACAUCUCACACAUCAAAAUAUUGAAAUAUCGUUAUUUAAUUAAAACAUGUAAUUCAAAGAGAACUUUAUAUAAAAUACUAUUUUAUUAUUAUAUGAUAGAAGAAUAAGAAAAUUGAAAAAAAUUGAAGAUUUUAUAAAUAAAAUUAUAAACACUAUAUCUUUUUAUUAAAAAAAAAGUAUUUAGAGAGAGAUUUAAAUAAUUAUCUUAGUCGUUCUAGUAAUAAAUCUCGACUGGAGAUGACGCAGCAACUAGCUUAGACUUGUCUCUAAAGUUUAGAGACAAGUAACAAGCCGCUCGACAUUGCUAUCGGAUCAUAUUAGAUUUUAAGAGAACUUUGUAGAGAGAUAAUUACGUAUUCAUGUGUGUUUACGUACAUUUACGCGCGUCUCUUCGGCACCACGACCAGCUCUCGAUAGCUCGAUAGCGUUAGACGACUGACCUCCGAAUUAUAGUUAUACUAGACACGCGUCGAAUUCGCCGAUUACAGCUGCACACGUAUCGAUAGUCCGGCAUAUGCUUAAAAAAGAAAAAAAAAAAAAAAACGAACACAAAAACACAUCGGACAUCGGGUUCAAAAAUAAAAAAAAAAGAGAAAAUGGAGAAAAGUAAACUCAUUAGUCAUACAAUCUUACAUACGUGUGCACGCAUUAAUUGAGAGAAAUAUAUAUCAUAUAUCGAAACUCGCAGCGUGUGUGCCUCUCGAGUCUGUUCUUCGCCCGUAGAGAAGGCAGUGUGCGUAAUCGUCGAAUUAGAAAGAGAAACUAAGCUAUAACUAAACAGAAUAAAAAGAAGCAAAAACCAAAAACACCGAACCGUCGGCGGUUCCAGAUGUAUAACAUACUAUUUUAAUUACGAUAAUAAUGUAAUAAUGAUCGGUGUUCACAUAACACCGCCGGGGGAGCGUCCCUCUUGUCUGCCUGAUGUUCUGCGUGUAUGCGCCCGAGAUGGUUGGUGAAAUGUGAAAUUUUCACAUUUUGCUUCAUUCAUGCGAAACCAGGAAGGUAUGACAGAGUAUGGGGUACGUGUGUGUGACGGAGAACGCGUGAGAUUCCAAAUAACGGAGUCAAAGGAGAACUAAAUAUGUACAAAUGUAAUAAAUCGAGCGACGAUUACGUUGACAUGA